AUGUUAAUCCUUGGCUGCAAAGUGCAAUUAUUCGGAGUCAUCGAGCACCUGCACACAGCCGCACUGACGGAAUCUAUCUCAUCUCCCAUCUCCUCCCCAAAUUUCCCAAUCUUGUAUUCCUCAAUCCUACCAAUUGCCAUGUCUGCCACUACUGCUCCCGUCGCAGACGUUCCCGUUGAGGUCUCUAGUGUCUUCGACACCAUCCUUGUCUUGGACUUCGGUUCGCAAUACUCCCACUUGAUCACUAGAAGAUUGAGAGAGUUCAAUGUCUACGCUGAGAUGUUGCCAUGCACCCAAAAGAUUUCCGAGUUGACUUGGAAGCCAAAGGGUAUUAUCUUGUCUGGUGGCCCAUACUCCGUCUACGCUGAGGAUGCUCCACACGUUGACCACGAUGUGUUCAAGUUGAACGUUCCAAUUUUGGGUAUCUGUUACGGUAUGCAAGAGUUGGCCUGGAUCAAUGGCCGUGGUGUUGGCCGUGGUGACAAGAGAGAGUACGGUCCUGCUACCUUGAAUGUUGAGGACAAGGACUGUGUUUUGUUCAACGGUGUCGACCACUCUCAGGUGUGGAUGUCUCACGGUGACAAAUUGCACGCUUUGCCAACUGGCUUCAAGACCGUCGCCACCUCUGAGAACUCCCCAUACUGUGCUAUUGCUCACGAGACUGACUCUAUCUUCGGUAUUCAAUUCCACCCUGAGGUUACUCACUCCGCUCACGGUAAGAUCUUGUUGAAGAACUUCGCUGUGGACAUCUGUAAGGCUCAAACCAACUGGUCCAUGGAGAACUUCAUUGACACUGAGAUUGCCCGUAUCAGAAAGUUGGUUGGCCCAACUGCCGAGGUCAUCGGUGCUGUCUCUGGUGGUGUUGACUCUACCGUCGGUGCUAAGAUCAUGCAUGAAGCCAUUGGUAACCGUUUCCACGCCAUUUACGUUGACAAUGGUGUCAUGAGAAAGAACGAGACUGAGACUGUUCACAAGACUUUGACUGAGGGUUUGGGUAUCAACUUGACUGUCGUCGAUGCCUCUGAGUUGUUCUUGGGUAGAUUGAAGGGUGUCACUGACCCUGAGAAGAAGAGAAAGAUCAUUGGUAACACUUUCAUUCACGUUUUCGAGGAUGAGGCUGCUAAGAUCAAGCCAGCUUCUGGCCAAGAGAUCGAGUUCUUGUUGCAAGGUACCUUGUACCCAGAUGUCAUUGAGUCCAUCUCUUUCAAGGGUCCAUCUCAAACCAUCAAGACCCACCACAACGUCGGUGGUUUGUUGGACGACAUGAAGUUGAAGUUGAUUGAGCCAUUGAGAGAGUUGUUCAAGGACGAGGUCCGUCACUUGGGUGAGCUCAUGGGAGUUCCUACCGACUUGGUCUGGAGACAUCCUUUCCCAGGCCCAGGUUUGGCUAUUAGAGUCUUGGGUGAGGUCACCAAGGAGCAAGUUAAGAUUGCCAGAGAGGCCGACGCUAUCUUCAUCGAGGAGAUCAAGAAGGCUGGUUUGUACAGACAAAUCUCUCAAGCUUUCGCUGCUUUGUUGCCAGUCAAGUCUGUUGGUGUUAUGGGAGACCAAAGAACCUACGAGCAGGUUAUUGCAUUGAGAGCCAUCGAGACCGUCGAUUUCAUGACUGCCGACUGGUUCGUUUUUGAGGCUGCUUUCUUGAAGAAGACCGCUGCCAGAAUUGUCAACGAGGUUGACGGUGUUGCUCGUGUUACUUACGACAUCACUUCCAAGCCUCCUGCCACUGUCGAAUGGGAGUAG